UAAUUCGAUUUCCGUACAAGCAGUCGAGAGGAGUGGUUCUGUCGUGUGUACCCCGAGGAACAACAUUCGGUCACUUUCACAUUUUGUUCGCUGUUAAAUGACAAACGGCAUCCCGUCUCACCCAGCAAACAACAUUUAAAGAUUGAAACUCCUUUUUUUUUUUUUAAUGACAGCGAACGUUUCUGAUGAUGUCAUCAGAUAGUUGCGUUAUCAGCGUGGGAAAUGUAGCUAGCGUCCGGAGCUCUUGUUAAAUUCCACUUUUACCGUCAGUGAUGCGUUUCAACGAGAAGGAAAUGGUGCAUUUGAGCCGACAGUCGUCCGAAAUGGUCGCCGAGCUUGGGAUGCGAGGACCCAAGAAAGGAGAUGUUGUGAAGAAGAGGCUAGUGAAACUCGUUGUUAACUUCCUCUUCUAUUUUAAGACGGAUGAGGAAGAACCUAUUGGAGCUUUGCUUUUGGAGCAGUGUCGGGUGGAGAAGGAGGACAGCCUGACUUUUUCUAUUGCAUUUCUAGAAGAGGCAGAGAGGAAAUAUCUUUUUGAGUGUGAGUCUGAGGAGCAAUGUGGGAAGUGGAUAGACUCCAUCAUCAAGGCUAGCUAUGAAUUCAUGAGGAGAAACCUCAUAUUCUACAGAACUGAGAUCCACAGGCUCACAGGCAAGGAUCCAUUGGAACAGUACGGCAUAUCAGAUGAAACUCGCUUUCAAGUCACUAACGGCCUGCAACAGACAUCCAGAGAUGCCUCCUCUAUGUAGACCAGGAUCGUGCCUAGCUUUCCCAGCACUUCAUUUUGCCAUUCGGAAAACCCAACAAAAAUUGCAUAACUAUCACCAUUGCAGAGUUUAUACAGACUUUAUUUUUACUAUAUUUUUUUCUUCACAUAAAGUGAAAACUAAACAUUUUUGUGGGACUCAUUUUAACCCAUCACAGGUUAGAUUUUAUUUUGUGGUUAAUAACCUUCAUUUUAGAUAAUAUGAUUAUGGGAGUCUCAACACAAUCACUGGGAGAAUCUAUUAAGACAAUAAGAAAGAUGAUACAGCACAAUGUUUAAACUGAACAGCGUCACUAAACGUAGCCGCACCAGGAUUUAAACUGCUGAGUUGAGCCGUAAUUAUGUGUAUAUAUUUUUCCUUGGGAGAAAAAUGUUUUUUUGUAUUGCUGCCACACCAAAAUAUAAAUGUGUAGUAUUACGUUUUUAUAUGACAGCAUCACGCUUUUACAUAAUUAUCAUGUUAUUACAUGAUAAUUAUCACGUUAUUACAUGAUACUAGCAGGUUUUUACCUAUUGCGUUUAUACAUGAUAGUUGUCACAUUGUUACAUGACAUCCCAUUUUCACGUAAGUUUUACAUUUUUUCUUGAUAAUUGUUUUUGCAUGAUAAUUAUAACGUUUGUGCGUGAUAGUUAUAAUGUUUAUAUGUGAUCAUUAUCACAUUUUUGCAUGAUUAUCACAUUUUUACAUGAUAAUUAUCACGUUUUUGCAUGAUAAUUAUCAGGUUUUUAAAUAUCACUUUUAAUUUGAUAAUUAAAAAAAAAAAUCACGUUUUUACAUAAUUGUCAGGUUUGUGUGUGAUAGUUAUCACGUUUGGGCGUGAUAGUUUUUCAGGUUUUUCAUAAUUUUUACAUAAUUAUGAUUUUGCAUGAUAAUGAUCACGUUUUUUCAUGAUAAUUAUCACGUGAUUACAUGAUACUAUCAGGUUUUUAUGGAUUGCGUGUAUACAUGACAGUUGUCACAUUUUUACAUGACAUCACAUUUUUACAGAAGUUUUACGUUUUUACAUGAUAAUUAUCAUGUUUUUGCAUGAUAAUUAUAACGUUUGUGUGUGAUAGUUAUGUUUAUUUUUGAUAAUUAUCACAUUUUUACCGGAUGAUUAUCAAGAUUUUGCAUGAUAAUUAUCACGUUUUUGCAUGAUAAUGAUUCCGUUUUUGCAUGAUAAUUAUCACGUUUUUAUAUAAUCACUUUUAAUUUUAUAUCUAUCAAGUUUGACAUCAUUUUUUCACAUUUUUACAUGAUAAUUAUCACGUUUGUGUGUGAUAGUUAUCACGUUUGGGCGUGAUAGUUUUUUGAGUUUUUCAUAAUUUUUAUGUUUUUACAUGAUAAUUAUCAAGAUUUUGCAUGAUAAUGAUCACGCAAAAGCGUGAUCAUUAUCAAGUUUUUAUCACUUUUUAUGUGGUAACUAUCACGUUUCACAUUAUUUUUUUUCCACAAGAGGGCACUCAUCCUCUUUGGAUGAAUAAACUUCAUUUCUGUAGAUUUUUUUCUCUCGCUGGAAUUCAAUGAUUUUUUUUUCGUAUUUCUUUGGGCUAAUGUGGUUGUGUGAUAGCUCAUAGUACAGUAUAAUAACAGUUCAUAUAGAUAACUUUGUGCUGAGAUAAAAAAAAAUACCAUUGUUUAAAAAAAGAUCAAACAUCGUAAAACGUUACUCACAGUGUUACCAAUUAUUUUAGUAUUCUUUUCACCAAAUAAUUUUUUACUUGAGUACAUUUUUGGAUGACUACUUUUGCUUGACUAAUAUUAUUUUGAAGUAACGCUACUUUUACUUGAGUAAACCUAUUGGCAACUUUACCCACCUCUGAUGAUAGUAUUUAAAAACAUGAUAAUUAUCAUGUAAUAAUGAAAUAACUAUCAUGUACAAAGGUGAUACUGGAUUUUUAAAAAAUUUUUGGUGACAGCAAUAUGCUUCUGUAUUUAUGAAUGUGUUUGUUGUCUUUUUCAUCUAAGCUACUUGGCCUUUUAAAAGGUACUUUUGCACACAGUACUGUAAGGCUAGGUUCAGACCGCAGGUCUUAAUGCACAAAUCCGAUGUGUUUUCCCGAUUAGAGUGAGGCAUUCAUUUGAUGGUCUGAAUGGGACAAGUCACAUAGAAGUAGACCAUUUCAAAUCAGAUCUGGGUAAUUUUCGUAUGUGGUUUAAAUCUGAUCUGGGCCACAUUUUUCCAGAAUGUGGCGGCGGUCUGAACUGGCAAGUCUCCCAAAUCAGAAUUCAUACAGCAAUUAUAUCAGCAAAGAUGCGGCAGCGAUAGCUGUGCAUUAGCGUUAGCGCCUAGCUUGAACUCGGCUUUUAAGGAGGAGGCGGGCUUGACCACAGUCCUAAAAUAAAAUGAAGGAUAAGCCUGAUAAUGUUCAGUGUUCUUUCUGUCCGCCAAAUAAGCAAUCUAUAAGUAUUGCUUGCAUGGCCAAGUCGGGGCAAACUGACACACACACAUAAAUGAAAUUUCAAAAUUUUCCACCAAAAUUUCACCAUUUACCCCUGCAGUUGUACCAUUUUUUACCAAAACUUCACAAAAUUUAUACUGAAAUUUCAGAAUUUUUCACCUAAAUUUCACAAUUUACCACCAAGACUUCACCAUUUUUGACCGGAAUUUUACAAUUUUUGACAAAACGUUACCAUAUUGACCAAAACUUUUUUUACUGAAAUUUCAGAAUUUUCCAUCAAAAUCUCACCGUUUUUUUCCCAACCAUAUUUGACCAUUUUUUACCAAAAUUUUAGAAUUUUCCACCAAAAAAAUCACCAUUUUGACCAAAAUUUUAUCAUUUUUGACUAAAACAUCAAAAUUUUUGUCCGAAAGUUUAGUUUUUUAAAACUGAAAUUUCAGAAUCUUCCUCCAAAACAUCACCGUUUUUACCAAAAUUUUACAAUUUUUGACCGGAAUUUGAUAAUUUUUUACCAAAAUGUCACCAAAUUUUACCAAAACUUCACAAUUUUUAAACUAAAAUUUCAGAAAAUCUCACUAUUUUUCAACCAAAUUUUCCAAUUUUUUCCCAAAAUUUAACCCCCAAUUUAAAAAAUGUUCACCAAAAUUUUGCAAUUCACCCCCCAAAUUUCGCAACUUCUGACCGAAAUGUCACCAUUUUUGACCAAAAUGUCACAAUUUUUGACCAAAACUUCACAAAUCUUUACUGAAAUUUCACAAUUUCCCACCAAAAUCUCACCAUUUUUCCACUAGUUUUACCAUUUUUGACUAAAACUUCACAAAUUUAUACCAAAAUUACGAAAUUGUUCACUCAAAUUUUGCCAUUUUCAGCCAAAAUUUCACAAUUUUUCACCGAAAUUUUACCAUUUUGACUGAAACGUCAUUGUUUUUCUCAAAACUCCACAAAAUUUUUACUGAUAUUUCAGAUUUUUUUCACCAAAAUUUUACCAUUUUUGACCAAAAUCUCGAUAUCAACAUGAACAUGACUCAAAAGCACAGAGUUUUACCUGUUUUUAUUUGGCACCCAUCGACCACGAAAAAACAUAUGAUCAUGGCCAAGUCGGGGCAAACUGACGUGCACACAUAAGAAUUAUGUGUGUACGUCACGCACGCACAGUGCGUGCAUGCGUUCUAUCAAGCCAUAUAAACAUUGAAUAUAAGACUAGACGGGGAUUAUUAUGUAAUUUGUGUCCUCUUUUUGGAAAUCAAAAUAUGAUCACCCUUCUGCGCAUGCGGGUCAGUUUGAUCAGCGCCUGUCAGACUGUGAAUUAGUGCACAUGCGUGAUAAUUGAACAAACUCAAUGGACAAAGGCAGUCUGAACGGGGCAUGCCCAAAAAAAAAAAAAAAAAACAUGACAAAAAAUCGGAAUUGUGCAUUAAGACCUGCAGUAUGAACCUAGCCUAAUUAACGUGGUCUUGAGUUGGUUUAGUUUGACUUAAGUUUCCCAGUGUACUUGAAUUCAUUUUGUAUUUUCUUUCGCACUUUCAUUCACGUUUCUUUUGUUCAAUCUUUAGUAUGUCUCUUCAGCGCUGAACCACAUUACAUGUGAAAAUAGUUCUGUAGACUGUAAUGUAAAUAUAUUUUGGAACACUCCUUUUUGUAAUGAGAAUGUUCUAUUUUGCUGUCGUAAUGAGCCUUUUAGGUUAAGAACAAAUGUGAUGCUUUCCCCUCAGUUGUAAUGAUUUUUUUUUUUCAAUUAAAACAUUUUUUUUUUUUCAAUUAAAACAUAAUUAUUUUUUAAAUGAUAGGUUCUUUUUUUGGGGCCAAAGUUUCAAUUCAGUGAAAAUAUUGAUAUUUAUGUACCAUAAGAAGUUAAACUAGUCAGUUGUGGGAUUUCAAACACUUAAAACACAUGUCUCUUUAAACCUUUUAUACAUAUUUGUCCCCCUAUAUUUAACCCUUUCAUGCACCCCCCCCCCCCUUAAAUGUUACAUUAAUGAAACACUCAUUCAUAAUUUGCUCCCCCCGUUUGACAUCCAAGUGUAGUA